GUCAGCCCUCUCAGCGAAAGCACAAGGAGUCGCCAUCUGCCGACAGCAAUGAUGAUGCCCCUAGCUCACCUACGCGAGCUCGCAUGACAAAAGCCGCAAAUUUUGUCAUGGGCUAUUUUCCCAGUGUCCAGUUAUCCUCCCCAAAUUUAUUUGCUAAUCCAUUUUUAGUAGUAUCAGCCAGUAACAUCGCAACUGCAGCAAAGACGUUGGGAUCUCUGGGAAAGCUUCAAGUUCGAAUCCACAAAGAUAAAUCGGGCAAAAUUUGUAGACUGACCAUGCUUCUUACUUCCAUCGAGUUGGUUCAGAUUUUCCGUGACGAACGUCGAUUCUCACUGAGAAACGAAUAG